CAACAAUUGGCUCCAUGGCUGAAGACAGCCAGCAGUCUACGCAGUCAACUAAACGCAUUAAUCAUCAAUGGACUGCAGAAGAGGAUAAAAUGCUCGUAGAGUGUCUAAGUGAAUUGGGUUUCGGUUGGAAAUGAGACAACGGCUUUAAGGCAGGUUAUUCCAAUGUCGUAGAAAAUAUGAUGCAUCGCAAGAUACCAGGAUGCUCCUUGCGAGCUAGCCCACACAUCACCUCUAGGGUGAAACUGUUGAAGAAACAAUAUACUGCCAUCGCUGCAAUGGUAGGUACUAAUGGUGGGAGCGGCUUCGGAUGGAACGAUGCCAAGAAAAUGAUAGAUGUCGAGAGGGAAAUAUUUGAUGACUCGGUCAAGUCCCAUCCCACUGCUAAGGGUCUUUACAACAAGCCAUUCCCGCACUACAAUGUUUUGGGAAAUAUAUUUGGGAAGGAUGUUGCCACGGGAUCUCAUUCAGUGGGUGCAGACGAUGUAAUCCGCGAAAUGGAACGAGAUCCUGCCUUGUAUGAUGCAAGUGGGACACCUUUUGAUGAUUAUAUAGAACUCUCUGGUGACUAUAUCCCCACUCUUGUAGCAGAUCCUGCUAUGCCUGACAUCCCUGCAGAAGAUGUUGUGGCCCCAAGUAGCCCAGUUUCAAAUGUUACUGCCAGAAAGGGUAAGAAAAGGCAAAGGAGUGAAGAUCCUUUCGGACUUGAGAUGGUUGAUGUCAUGAAAGAUUUAACUCAGACAUACCGCAAAUCAAGUGACAGCAUUGACAAAUUGGUGUCUUGUUUUCAACACCAAGCUGAUGGAAAUAAUAGGCGAAUGUCAAUUAUGGACGAGAUAGAGAAAUAUGAUUACUUGACUGACCCUCAAAUGGUUCACAUAGGUGUGCAGUUGGGUAGGGAUAGUAAUUUGACGGAUAUCUUUAUGCAAUGCAGUGACGAAAAAAGAAAGCACAUAUUGGCUGGGUUGUUAGCCAACUUUGAUCCCUAGCUUUGUUGGUGUGACUGUGAUGCAUCAUUUUUUGGUAUUACAUGUGAUGCAGAGUGUUUUUUUGGUGUGACUGUGCUACUUCCACUCUUGUGUGGUGUGGCUGGGUUACAAUAUAUAAUAUGUAGCUGUGGCUGGGCUACAAUAUGAUAUGGUUUUGGUGUGGCUAUGAUACUGUAACUAUUUUUUGGUGUGACUGUAGGUACAUGGGAGGAUUAUGUAAAUACCAGCACCUUAAUGCCCUCAUGAUUUAUUUUGUAAAUCACAUA